AUGGAGGCCUAUGGCAAACAAUCGAAAGAGGCUUUGGAAUUGUUGUGCCAAGAAAAGGAUUUACCAACUUUUGGCAAAAAUAAAGCACAACUUAUUGCUGACCUUGUGGAGGCUGACAGCCAUGUUUUCCAGCCAGAGACGGACACUGAAAGGGUUACUGAGCUACCUACUACUGCAGGAGUGUUGCUCACUGGAAUGCCUGGUGGUUGUACCCCUCAAACCAUUAAGGACAUUUGUUCAACUGAUUUAUUUCAGCAACUGAUGGCUUCAAAUCCUCAGGAGGCCCUGCACGUGAUGAUCCAACAGCAGGCUGCAGAAAGGGAAUCUGCAGAGAGGUUGGCCGAAAGGGAGGCACAAAGAAGACAUGAGCUGGAACUUGCUAAACUGCAAUUUACCCUUCAGUCCUCAGUGAACAGCAAUGCAUCAGAGUCCAGCACACGUAGGCUCUGUAAGGAUGAUUUUCCUUCCCUCGAAGAAGGGACAGAUAUGAAUGUAUUUUUAAAAGGUUUUGAGAAAGUAUGCAG